CUUCUUGAGCAGCGAGAUGUGGAAAUUAAUGUCCGUGAUAAAUGGGACAGUACACCCCUGUAUUAUGCUUGCCUCUGUGGACAUGAGGAGCUUGUACGCUAUCUUCUGGCCAAUGGAGCAAAAUGUGAGGCAAACACUUUUGAUGGGGAACGUUGUCUGUAUGGAGCUUUGAGUGAUGCCAUCCGACGUCUGCUGAAGGAGUACAAACAGAUCACAGCAAAGUGCAUGAAGAGAGACUACUAUGAUGUCUUCCUGCAGCGGUUGCUGGAGCAGGGUUACCAAAGUGACAUUGUUUUCAUUGUUCAUGGCAAAUCCUUCUGUGCCCAUCGUUGUAUUCUCAGCGCUCGCAGCGCCUACUUUGCGGAGGUGUUUGAGACCAAAUGGAAGGGGAAAAACAUGAUUGUGUUGAAGCAUCCACUGAUUAAUCCAGCAGCCUUUGGUGCUCUUCUGCAGUAUCUAUACACAGGUCGUCUUGAUAUCGAUGUAGAAUAUGUAAGUGACUGCAAGAGAUUAGCCAAGCAGUGUCGGCUGCAGGACCUCAUAGAUGAUUUGGAGACCAAAUGUAAAAAAGUUUAUGAAUUUGUCUCUUCCAAGCCAGGGACCUGUGUGAAAGUGCUGACGAUUGAGCCCACAGGUAACUGCCGGCUGCAGGAAGAUUUGGCUCUUCUGGCAGACUGCGCCCUGCCAGCCGAACUGCGGGUUGGUUUUGGGGAGUUGCCCUUUGACAGCACUGACAACUUUAACAGUUGUCCUGAUGUGUGUUUCCGGGUGGAAGAUUACAACUUCUUGUGCCAUAAGGCAUUUUUCUGUGGUCGCAGUGAUUAUUUCAAAGCCCUCCUUGAAGACCAUUUCAGUGAGAGUGAGGAGCUACAGACACAGCCCAGCAUCCCUGUGGUGACUCUCCACAACAUCUCAGAAGACAUCUUCAUACGGGUCCUCUACUACAUCUACAGUGAUGAUACAGAGCUGUCCCCAGAGAACGCCUAUGACGUGCUGUGUGUGGCAGACAUGUACCUGCUGCCUGGGCUGAAGCGCCUUUGUGGCAGGACCUUGGCUCAGAUCCUUGAUGAGGACAACAUCAUCAGCAUCUGGAGGAUCGCAAAGCUGUUCCAGCUGACCCGGCUGGAGGACCAGUGCACGGAAUACAUGGCAAAGAUCAUUGAGAAGCUGGUGGAGUUGGAGGAGUUUGUGGCUGCUGUGAAGGAGGAGGCCGUGGAGGAACGGCAGGAGACUGACUCCAUUCCUCUGGUCGAUGACAUCCGCUUCCACAUCACCAGCAACGUGCAGACUUACAGUGCCAUUGAGGAAGCCAACCAGAAACUUGAAGCUCUGGAAAACCUCCUGGCCAGUAUAGGGCUCGAGUGCUGAUGUGUGCAAACCCUGCCUGUCAUAUGCAGCCUGCGUAGCCCUCACUGGGUUGGCUCGGAGUGCAAGAACGUCUGAGUCCAUUCUUUGUCCUCCU